UGGCCGUCUUUUGCUGUUUUUUCUGGCCGGCUUUAAAAUAUAAUUUAGUUUUAAUUAAACAAAUUCAUUUGUUUUAAGAAACAAACCAGGUUUUAUUAGGAGGAGUGUUUGAGCUUCAAUUUAAGUUAUGUUAUAUUAGUCUAUGCUUCAAUUAGCUGAUGAUAUUGUAUUGAAACCACUGAUAUUUACCUCAAUGAUUGAAACUGAAUUCUAAUGAUUGUAAACAAAUAAGUACCAGUCAUUUAAAAACAACAACUCGAUUCAAAGUUAAAUGAACAUAUGUCUAAUAUUGAAGUAAUUUCUAUAUUCCAAAAUGAACCGUGCCGAUUCUCAUAUACCCAGCGCCCCGACACAUCUGUACUUGCUCCAAAUGGAUCCCAGCAUAAAUUUAAGUUCAAAUGAACAAGGACUGCCACUACACAUAUUGGACAAUAGCUUAGAUUUUGGGCACAAGCAAUACUUAUUGCCGCUGCCAAACAAACAAAAGGAGGGACAAGAUCUACAAGUUCUCGUUGACUCCAGUCAGGGACCAGCUAAAAUUAUGGGGUUAAUAGUUGAUAACAAAUAUCAGGAUACACAAAAUCUACUCGCUGGCUCCACUUUUCAACUUCAAUCAACUAUAGAGUGCAAUAACUUGGAACAAAUAUCAACUAACAAAGGGAAUAGUAAUUUAAAUACACAAACAAAUCUUCAAGUUGAAGAUUUAAAUGGAAGUAAUACAGAAUGUGAGCUAAAUAACACAUCGGCAAUCAAAAACUUUGUUCACAUAUCUGACCGAGUCAUUCCCCCACGAGCCUUGGCUGUUUUGCCACCAGUACUUCAAUUACAGCGGCGCCAUAUCAUUUCAACCCGACGUAGUUUACCAGCACGCGCGCGAUUCGGUCCUGUACAAGGAAUAAGAUGCAAAAUAUCAUACUCAGAAGCUGUUGACUUAGUAUUGAAUGCAACAUCAAAUAAGAAGCCACUAUUUCUAGUCAAAGACAAGAAUGAUACGGAUGUGAUCACACAUAUUGAUACUUACGAUAAAGAUAAAUCAAAUUGGAUUGGAUUGUUACCCCUCGGCGAUGAGAGCACUGCAAAUGUCUGGCUGUAUGAAGAAAACUAUGAAUUGUACGGAAUCACUACAGAAAUACUACCAGCUAGAAAGCCAUUAAUGCUUGGUUACAGUAAACAUUAUGCUGAUUCCUAUGGUCUAAUAGGACCUACUAAAGAUAUUGACAAAGAACCUGUGAUGCAAAAGUCAUGGUGGUGCCAUGAAUGUCAACACACAAUCCCGUCUUCCAAACAACUGCAGAAUCAUACGGAUUUAUAUCAUAAGGAGGGCAAUAUAAUCUCCAGACGGCGCUAUCGUUGCCGUCAAUGCUCAAAGACAUUUUCCAGAAUAUUUUCAUUAAGGCGACACACUGCUCUAAAUUGUCCUGUCAAAUCGGAAAAAGGAAACAAAGCAAUACAAACAGAAGCUGAUAUCGAAGUGUCACAAAUUAACGUGAAUGACUCGAUAUGUUCCGAAGACAACAGAAUACCCUCAGACGAAAGCUUUCAGAAUUAUUCAAACGGUCUAGACUUUUCCACGAAUCUCUUCGAUACGGAUCGCAUACCUAGUCUUGAUAUUUCAGGAAGUAGAUGUGAUAAUGAUUUUAAUCCUUACACUCUAGGAUAUAAAGACGAAAAUGGACUAACCAAUUAUUUAGAUUUUUCAUGUAGGAUAGAAAAUAAUUCUAAAGAGAAACUAUCGAGUCCUGAAAAACCCGCUCUGACUUCUUGUCCGUAUUGCAGUCAAUCCAUAGUAACAUCGAAAAGGCGUCAACACAUGAGUAAAUGUCCCGCCCGCGUAUUAAAAUGUGAAUGCAAAAAAGUCUUCACAAGCCGCAAACUCUUUACGGAACAUAUAUGGGCCCAACAUUCGAACGCAAAUGCUGAAAGAAACGACACUGAUAGUAAGAAUCCGGCUGAAGAUAUAGAUCAAGACAGUAAAGCAGAUGUUAAGUCACAGGAUCCAGAGCCAUCAAAAUAUAAAUGUGAAGACUGCCAACAUUCUUUCAAGCGUCGAGGCAUGCUAGUGAACCAUCUAUGGCGAGUUCACAACAUGGUGUCAGCGAAAGUUCCGCUAGAGCGGAGUGUACGAACCUACCCGUGCGGAAACUGUCCCAAGAUAUACAGGACGGCGGCCAAGCGCGACCGACAUGUGCAACAACACCAUCCAGGCGCCGCGAAGGUCCGCGGUCAGGCUUUAGAGAGCGGUACCCGCGUGUGCGAGCCCGCCAUGUGUUCAGCGUGUCCGCGCCAGUACGCCACGCGAGCCAAGCUGCUGCAGCAUCAGAGGGCGCAGCAUCCUUACAUGGUACCCCCUUCAAAUAGAAAUUCUACAAAAACAAAAUGAACGAAGAAGGUAGGUAAGUUGAUCAGCAAUUAUAACGUACAUUCCAGUUUAGAUCUGAUAAUUUAGUCAUUUGUAGUCUUUCUUAAUAUUGUAAACGUUAAGCUAUUUUACAACUCGACUGGUUUAUAAAUAAUAAAUAAUUUGCUCUCAU